AAACGAAAAUUGGCGUCGCUUCGCUUCAGAUCGUAUCAAACUGUUCCCGCUAAUUGCGCCGCAAAUUGUUGAAUUUUGUGAAAGUUUCGUUUUCAAAUCAUCAUCCGCUCAGCGGAAACUACUGUAAGCUGCACAAUGUCAUCCAGACAAACUUUGAGGCGAGGAGUCAAGCGACGGGAGAGCCAGGUUGAGGAUGAGGAGGCCCGCGCCAGACGAGAAUAUUACGAUUACCACAGCGACAGCGAACCGGAACUCGACGCUGAUGAGCUGGAGGCCGAUCGCAGGGUGUUCAACAGUGUCACGGAGGAGGAGCGUCAAAAGGCGAGGGAACUCACGCGCCGUAUGGUGCUGAUCUGCGAGCAACACGCGGAAAAUGGGCCGAAGAUGCUGAAGCAGAUUCUGUGCGCGCUGGGGCCACUUAUCCCCGGCCUACCGAAGGAUCCCCGCACCGCAUUGGAGGAGUCCAUAGGGCCAUGGAGCAACGAGUCCAUCGAGAUGCAGGGAGGCGUUUACUGGCAUCGUGGUUUUGAAAACGGAAUACGUGCCAACAGAGCCACCGACCAAAAGGACCUCACAUUUGACAUUCAAGUCGAUGAAGUGUCGCUGGAACAGAUGACAAAACCGACAUUCUUAGCGUGGAUUAUCAUGGCUCGGCUGCACGAAGGCUCAAAACCACCGGGCGAGCCUUUUGUCGUCGGUGUGUUUUGUGGCGAUGCUGAGCCGCACUGUGAGGAGUUCCUGGGGCCGUUCAUCGAAGAGGCUGAACGGUUAUGCGAAGCACCACUGACGAUUAAUGGGGAUUCGGUAACCGUUAAACCACGAGUAGUAAUUACCGACGUUGCCGCACGGGCAUUUGUUAAAGGGACGGUCCAUCAGAGCAAUUACUACGGGUGCCCAAAGUGCACCAUAAAAGGAAAGUUUGUCUCUGGAUCCACCAUCACGUUCUUCGGCAAAAGGAACACCAACCCACGGACAAAUGAAGAGUUCCGGCGAGGAGUUUACGCAGGCACCCACCAAUUGGUGAGAGAUGAGAGAGAUGGGCAACCCUUUAUGACGCCUUUGGCGAGGUUGCCCAUAGACUUAGUCCAGAAUGUAAUUGUAGGCGAAAACCGACGUUUACUGCACAUCGGUGCUAUGAAAACUUUGUUUUUCGCGUUUGCCGAUGGUCUUGGUAAUAUCCAGGCCAUGGAACGACAACAUCGUGAACUUAUGGAGACCACAUUGCAUGGUUUCCGGUACCCUCACGAAAGGAAACAGCCAAACUAUGUAACCGAUAUUGCUAAGUGGCCGCACACCAUGUGGGGCUGCUUUUUAGACAUCGUAGGGGUCGUAAUACUGAAGCCAGCUAUAAAGGAACAGUACUACGACAACUAUUGUCGAUUGCAUUGGGCCGUUGCAAUUUGCAACAAUAGACGAUAUCGACAUUUGCUGAAUUACGCGCGGUUGUUGAUAGAGGAUUUUGUAAAAGAGCACCAAAAGUUGGUCGGCUAUGUGACGAGUACUUUUCACUGCCUCCUCCACCUAGUGGACGAGGUAGAAAUGUUUGGAGCCUUGCCACUACAGUCUGCGUACCCGUUUAAGGCCGCACAUAGUAACCUUAAACACAGAGUAGACGUCACAAAGCGCACACCGCCGGAGCAGCAGAUCGCGAGAGCCCUGUUACUCCGUGAGGCAGCGCGUCGUGGUGAGAAACCACUCCCUCUUAUUCCGAUCCCUACGAACGAUGACCUUAGGGUGGUAAUCCGAGAGAAAUUCGUGUUGAGAUGCGAAUCCAUUUCAGCAGACGAUAAAAACUCUUGGUUCUUGGCGCCGAACUCCGCAAGCGGCGGCCAAGUAGUUAAAUUUCUUAAAGCUUCGGCAGACCCCUUUACCGUGUAUGGGCAACCCCUUGCCGAGCAAACGACGAGUUACAAACAUCCAGUCAACGUGCCUGAUGGGUUGAACGUGUUUACCUCAAUCGACAAAACACAACUGCAGAACACAAAAGAAUAUCGCUUGAAGGAUAUGAUUUGUAAACUAUGUCCACUUAAUAUGCAGAGUUACACAGCGUUUGUGCCUCUGCCUGAAUCCUUUGCAGAGACCUAAGGAGAUUCUUAGACCUUUCACAAGAAGAACAAUUUUGUGAGCUUUCAAUUUCUCGCGCGGAGACACAAAAAACCAUUUUAAUAGGGUUCUUACGAAAAUGCAUUCACUUCAGUUCGGGUAACGACUCUCAAAUGAAAAACGUUUGGCUAAAUAAAUACGAAAC